AUGAAAAAUAUUUCUUUCACCAGAACAAAUAAUCAUUGUUUGUUGUUUUCAAACCUUUUAAAUUCAAUUUCACCAUCAUUCUCAAAAUCCCUUAAUAAUAAAAAUUUUUUUUCACACUCACAUUCUACAUUGAUCAAAAAUGGGUUAUCAUCAUCUUCUUCAUUAUCCAAUAAUUCACUCGCUAUUACUUGGCCAGACACUUCUUUCACUUCUAAAUACAAUUAUAUCUGGUUACGUGAUAAUUGUCAAUGUUCUCAAUGUGUUCACCCUAACAGCGGACAAAAGUUGUUUUCCACUGCAAAUAUUCCACUUGAUAUCAAACCAUUAUCAAUUAAUUUCAUGGAGGAUUCAGUUGAAGUUGCUUGGGAUAAACCAUUGUUACUAUCAUUAAAUACAAAAGGAUCACAAAAAUCGGAUUCUUUGUUCAUGUCAUCAAUUAAAUCUCAUAAAAGCAUCUAUUCAUUAAACUUUUUAAAAGCUUUUAGUGUAGUGCCAUCUUCUUCUUCGCUCUCAAUUGAUUCCACAACCAGACUUACAAAUGAUAUCACAAAAAUCAAUACAAGUAAUCCAUUUCUCCCUCGCCAUAACAGAUUUGUAAACCAUAUUUUGUGGGACAAAUCAUUAUUUUCUGAAAAGAUUACUUCAAUUGACUAUUCAAAUUACAUGUCCUCCAAUAAAAAUUUACUCAAAACUCUAGAACAUUUAUGGAGGUAUGGAUUGGUAUUUAUAAACAAUGUGCCAAUUGCUCUUCAUCAGAAUGAAGGAGAAAAACAACUAGCGAUAGAGAAUGUGGUGAAACGAAUUGGUACAAUAAAAAAUACAUUUUAUGGAAGAACUUGGGAUGUUGUUUCAUUACCUGGUGCUAAAAAUAUUGCUUAUUCAAAUUUGGAAUUAGGUUUACAUAUGGACUUAUUAUAUUAUGAAUCACCACCAGGUAUACAACUUUUACACUGUUUAAAAAAUUCAGCAGAAGGCGGAUCAAGUAUAUUUUCAGAUUCAUUUAAGGCUAUAGAAGUAUUAAAGAACAAGUAUCCUAGAGAUUAUCAAAUACUCGUAGAAGUACCAAUUACUUUUCAAUAUGUAAAUGAUGGACAUCACAUGUGUUUCAAUCGUCCUUUGAUAGUUAAUGAUAACUAUAAUAAUCAAACUUCACAUGUAAAUUAUUCACCACCAUUUCAAGGUCCAAAUGAAUAUUUAUUGAUACUGUCAGAUGAUGAGAUAAACAGAUUUUAUCAAGCGUAUCAAAGAUUUUGUUCAAUAAUUGAAGAUCCUGACAUGAAAUUCGAAAUAAGACUGAAUCCUGGUGAUUUGGCAAUGUUCAUGAAUAGACGUGUACUGCAUGGAAGAACAAGUUUUGACUUGAGAAAUGGAGAGAGGCAUUUGAAAGGAAGUUAUAUUGAUUUAUGUGAAUUUAAAGAUAAAUACAGAACACUAUUAUCAAAAUAUCAAGAUAUAAAACAUUGA